UCAGUGAGCAGCUCAGAGGACAGUAAGCAGGUAACAAUGCAGUUCUUGGGCCGGCUCUUGGACACAGUCUCGUCUGUUUCAACCCUCUUCACCAACCCGUACCGGGUCAGAGAUGUGCCGCUGACCGACUACGGCGGAGGAGGAAAAGUCCUGCUGAAAGAUGAGGGACGUAUUGUUCUGUACAAAAACAGCCAGUACCAGUCAUGGGACUGUCUGCUUAUGUGUCCCGAGACACCGAAUCUGGCUCUGAGGCUGUUUCAGGUGGCAUCGGAGGAGGAUGCCAUGAACUGGUUCCCACAGUACGCCCUCAAGCUUCGACCCUUCUACGAGACGCUGCCGUUGAAGGCCGAGACCACCCAGCCAAUCGUGGACUGCAUCCGCAGCCACCCGGACUGGAGCUCGGCCCACAUCGCCGUGGAUACAGGCUUGCGGGAGUGUCUCAAACAUAACUAUGUCCAGAGUCAGAUCAAUGCUCGGGACGCAUCAGGUCAGACGCCGCUGCACCUGGCGUGUGAGCGCAGCGACUCAGCGUGUGUGAAGGAGCUGUUGGACGAAAGCCAGGCUCGCACCGACAUCAGGGACCGCAACGGAGAGACGCCCAUGCACAGCGCCGCCAAGCAGGAUUCUCCUGCCAUCAUCCAGGUCCUUUGCUCACGGUUGUGCUCAGGCGUGAAUGAGCUGAACAACAAUGGGGAGACGCCGCUCCACGUGUCCUGCCGCUUGGGCCGAGUGGAGGCCGUCAAAGCUCUUUUGGGCGGCGGGGCCAAGUGUGACAUCAUCGGCGGCAGAGGCUACGCCAUCCACGCAGCCAUGAAGUACAGCGAGAAGGGGUGUGUGGAGGAGAUCCUCAAAGCAGACCCGGGCCAGCUCCACGCUGAGGACUCUUUGUAUGGAGGAACGCCUCUCCACUGGUCCAAAACUGCUGAUAUGUGUCGUAUGCUGCUAGAGCACGGCUGCGUGGUGAACUACCUCAGUAAGACCGGAGAGAGCGCUCUCCACAUUCUGACCAAGAAGGGCCGCUUUGAGGCAGCCAUGGUGUUACUCACCCACGGAGCCAAUGCCAACCUGAAGGGACAGGACGGAAACACAGCUCUGCACCUCGCUAUGAAGAUGGACCACAUGGAGUUGAUCAAAGCUCUGAUUGUGUUUGGAGCUGAUGUGGAAAUCCACAACGACUUAGGAGAAACGCCCGGACUGAUCGCGGCACGCACUAGCAAAGGUCCGAAUAGAAAGAUACUGCUGGACAUGCUGUGUAGUGUAGGGGUCCAGCGGUGCCUCCCCCCCUCCCCUGCCAGUCCUCCCCCCAUCUCCAACAAGGCCAAACCUCCAGGCAUAGGGUUUGAGGACAUCAUUUUCGUGGGGGCUGCAGUCACCGCAAUGAGUAGAAGCACGUCUGAAGUGGACGGACCCAAAAUGGGGAAAAGAAAGAUGGAAAGACUGCUGUGUCUGGAUGGUGGAGGUAUAAAAGGCCUGGUGCUGAUCCAGAUGUUGAUCGCUCUGGAGAGAGAGGCCGGUCGACCCACCAAAGAUCUCUUCGACUGGGUGGCCGGCACAAGCACUGGGGGGAUCCUGGCCCUCGCUAUAGUCCAUGGAAAGUCCAUGGAGUACCUUCGCUGCCUGUACUUCAGGAUGAAAGAGCAAGUGUUCAAGGGGUCCCGACCUUAUGAAUCAGCACCACUGGAGGAUUUCCUGAAGAAAGAAUUUGGAGAGAACACCAAGAUGACAGACGUCCAAUACCCCCGGGUGAUGGUGACCAGUGUUCUGGCUGACAGACAUCCAGGAGAGCUGCACAUCUUUAGGAACUAUGACCGUCCCUCCGUCCACAAAGAGCCUCCGUAUGCCACCACUGCCUCGUUCCAGCCUCUCACUAUCCCACAAGAACAACUUGUGUGGCGAGCUGCCCGCUCCAGUGGUGCUGCCCCCACCUACUUCCGACCGAUGGGCCGCUUUCUGGAUGGAGGACUAUUGGCCAACAACCCGACUCUAGACGCCAUGACAGAAAUCCAUCACUACAACAAAGCCUUAAAAGCAGAGGGCCACGGGACGGGGGUCAAGAGGCUGGGUAUGGUGGUCUCCCUUGGUACUGGUAAACCUCCUCAGGUUGCGGUGAGCUCUGUGGAUGUUUUCCGACCCUCCAACCCUCUGGAGCUGGCCAAGAGCUUUGUAGGAGCCAAAGAGUUGGGCAAGAUGCUGGUGGACUGUUGUACAGAUUCUGAUGGCUGUGCAGUUGACAGAGCGAGAUCCUGGUGUGAAAUGAUCGACACCAUCUACCACAGAUUGAGCCCCCAGCUGUCUCAGGAGGUGAUGUUGGAUGAAGUGAGUGACGCAAUCCUGGUGGACAUGCUGUGGGAAACCCAAAUGUACCUGUACGAGAAGAGAGAAGUCCUCCAGUCUCUGGCAAAAGUGCUGAUGGAAAACUGAAAGCAAAAGAAAAUUAUGAGAGCAGGCUACGAAGAUGUGGCUGUAAGAACAAAAAGGAAUGUGAAAGCAAAAGAUAAAGAGAAUAAGAGAGCAAAGGAUUCAAAGACAGGACAGAUUAGUGAGCCAUGUGUUUGAAUCAAGACUACGAUGUCUGUGUUGGUGUGCUUAAUGACUUUCAUAUUUAAACUCAAAUGUCUCAUAUAGCAAAUGUGGGAAACAUUAAAGAGACUGAAAUCUAACACAGGGUAACAACUGACAGUAUAUCACCUAUUCAAAGACAAGUUAUGUAGCAUCUUAUGACCUUAUCACUGACUUUAUCAAGUUUACUGUGUUUGUAUAUAAACCAAUGAAAUAUAGUGUAGAGGUCUCCUUUCUUCAGUAUGUGAAAGAUAGAAGGAAGUGGUUUCAACCAGGUCAAACUAAACUCAGCACACACCGUGACUGUGGUCACGUCAGCUCACUGUCAUCCUCCCCCUCUCCAUUGUGUUGCGUGACAAGUUUUUGAACCCAGUUCAAAUUAGUUGUGAUAAAACUAUAACAUCCCUCAUCAUGUCUUUCUCUUUUUUUACCCAAGUAGCUACAAAGACAAUGUACAGACAUAUUCCUUAAGGCCAUAUCAGAAGGACCCUGAAGUAGCAUCACAAAAUCUGCAAUAUACUAUAACGCAGUUUGGACGAUGGUGAUGAGGAACCAGUUCUGCCUUAUGUGUCUGGGGCCCAAAUUUGUCCUGUUGUCUUUAAUUUCAUUUUCAUGCCUUUCUAUAGAUUAUUUACGCUGACUUAAAACCUAACCUCACACCCACUGAUAACUUUCUUGCACCCUGUACACUGUUACAACCUUUCGUAAAGGUGUUAUGAACAAAUAUUUAACAUGUUCUCAUUUCAACUGGACUUCUAGACUUGAAUUAUCAACUUACUUGAAGGAUAAAGAAACAAUACUGCACUGGUUCUUGCACAACAUAAAAUAGAGAUAACAAAUUAUUUCCUAUGUUUUUUUGUAUAUGGAUUAAUAACUGAAGUGUAUACUGGUAUGGUAAUAAAAUA